AUGGCCGACUCGUCAUCGCUCAGAUUGGACCUUCGGGUCGGUGGAAAGUACAGGCUGGGAAAGAAGAUCGGUUCAGGCUCUUUCGGUGACAUUUACCUUGGAGUGAACAUCAUCUCUGGCGAGGAGGUCGCCAUCAAGCUCGAGUCUGUCAAGGCGAAGCACCCCCAGCUUGAGUACGAGUCCAAGGUGUAUAAGACUUUGGCUGGCGGCGUCGGAGUCCCUUUUGUCCGAUGGUUUGGAACGGAAUGCGACUACAAUGCCAUGGUCAUUGACCUCCUUGGCCCAUCACUCGAGGAUCUGUUCAACUUCUGCAACCGCAAGUUCAGCCUGAAGACCGUCCUUCUGCUGGCAGACCAGCUGAUAUCCCGCAUCGAGUACAUACAUUCGCGUAACUUCAUACACCGUGACAUCAAACCCGACAACUUCCUGAUGGGUAUCGGGAAGCGUGGCAACCAGGUCAACGUCAUCGACUUUGGUCUCGCCAAGAAGUACAGAGACCCGAAGACUCAUCUUCACAUCCCCUAUAGAGAGAACAAGAACCUGACAGGAACGGCUCGUUACACGUCCAUCAACACCCAUUUGGGUGUCGAGCAGGCUCGCCGUGAUGAUCUUGAGUCUCUUGCAUAUGUGCUGAUGUACUUCCUUCGAGGCGGACUGCCCUGGCAGGGCCUGAAGGCUGCUACCAAGAAGCAGAAAUACGACCGUAUCAUGGAGAAGAAGAUGACUACCCCAACGGACCUGCUUUGCCGUGGCUUCCCCAAUGAGUUCGGCAUUUUCCUCAAUUAUACUCGUGCCCUCCGCUUCGACGACAAGCCUGAUUACUCCUACCUCCGCAAGCUGUUCCGAGACCUCUUCGUCCGUGAAGGCUACCAGUACGACUAUGUCUUCGACUGGAGCGUCCACAGGAACCAAGAGGAGGGUGGAGCUAGUUCCAGCGCUAGAGGAACUGGUCGUCGCAAGGUCGUCCAGGAAGAAGAAGAGCCUCGCAUGCCGGACCGGAUGUAA